GCAUUAUACGACCCUACUCACGGGCUUCGGCCUUGGCUUGGUUCAAUCCGCCAACGCCCUCGACAAUGGCUUCGGCCGGACGCCUCCCAUGGGCUUCAACACAUACAACGCUGCGGGUUGUACUAUCAACCAGACGAUAAUCCAGAGCUACAUCAACGCAUUCUCGAGCCAGGGGUUCAAAGCGGCCGGAUACAACAUUUUUGGGAUCGAUUGCGGGUGGCAGGGCAUUCAGCGUCAGUCCAACGGCUCCAUCACCUAUGAUGCGAGAGUAUUCCCAGACGGCAUCGCACCGCUGAGCAAGUCGGCCAUCAGCAAAGGCUUCCAAUGGGGCAUGUACACCGACCAGGGAGUCAACGCCUGCGAUACCGGCGUCACCAGGCCAGGGUCUCUCAACUACGAGAACCAGGAUGCUCUCCAGUUCGCCGGAUGGAACACGGCCUAUAUGAAGGUGGAUAAUUGCUACAUCACUGCGGACCAAAAUGCUCCGAAGGAUGCUCGCGAUGACUUUCCGAAGCGAUUUGGAGCUAUGCAAAAUGCUCUAGCCAAAGUCAACAUCAAGGGCAUGCUGACUUGCCAAUGGGGUGUCCCUUAUUCGAGUUCCAGCGGACUACAAGGUCCUGCCGAGUGGACACCACCGAUCUCGACAUCUUUCCGCGUCAGCGAUGACAUCGCCCAAGGCUGGAACAACGUCGUACGCAUCUACAACCAGGCCAUUAAUGUCAACGCAAGAGGUCUCACUGGGCCAGGUCGGUUCUCCGACAUGGACCUCUUGGAGGUGGGCAACCAAGGCAUAACUGGCGAUGAGCAAGCCUCGCACUUUGCCAUUUGGGCCAUGUUCAAGAGUCCACUCAUGGUCUCCACGGACCUUCUUAGGCUAUCGGACGCCUCUCGCGCCGUUCUUCAGAACAAGGGUUUGAUCGCCAUCAACCAGGACUCGCUAGGGAAGCCCGUCGUCCUCAUCCAGCGCUACACCAACGAUAACGAUCAGUUCGCUGGUCCUCUCGCCAAUGGCGACGUAGCAGUCCUUCUUCUCGACACCUCCAACGCCAAGCGCAAUCUUGGGAUCGAGUUCGCCGCGCUGAACAUCUCUUCCGCCACCGUGACCAAUCUCUGGACUGGUGCGGUCGUCCAGAACGUGAACAGAUACUUUACUGACGUCAACGCCCGGGGCUCCAUUCCUCUACGUCUCAGCAACGUAGUGAAGUCCAAUCCAACCGCGCCAACUCUGAGGUAUAUCGAAGCCGAGUCUGCAACUUUUGCCGGCAAUGCAGUUGUGGCCUCGUGCUCCGGCUGCUCAGGCGGGAAGAAGGCCGGUGGGAUCGGCAAUGGUAACGGCAAUACCCUGACUUUCACCGGCAUCACCACGAGCCAGUCCUCGAUGGACGUACGCUUCGACUAUAUCAACGGCGAGAUCGGGUAUCUGGGCGGCUCAGGCCUCAACAUCCGUGGAGCGAGCGUCAGCGUCAAUGGAGGAACUCCGGUUCCUGUGAGCUUCCCACUCACCGGAUACAAUUGGGACAAGGAUGUCCAGAGGAACUAUCUUGUGCGCCUGUAUGGCUUCAGCACCAGCGGCACCAACACCAUUACCAUCUCUGGGCUGUCCAGCGUCUCGCAGUACGCGCCUGAUAUCGACCGCAUUGGCGUGGUUGUUUGA